AGGCGUAGCGAUCAGUUUACGAUUGAACAGCGGUUCAGAAACACGCGCAUUUUCCCCAACUAAAAUCGACCCAAAAGUGACGGUGCAAGUGCAAAGCAAACGGAAUUUAAUACUAAAAUUUUGUGAAAUAGAAUUAAUUUCUUGUUUUUGUUUUCGUUUUUUUUUUCGGGUAAACAGAGUGGCAAGUGUAAGCAAUUUAUUGCAACAAUUCAUAACUGGUGAGGUUUGGCGCAACACGCUCGCCAUAACGGCGUUUAUAUUUCGCAUUCGCUAACAAGCUGACGCAUUUUCAUUCAUUUCAAGCUUCUGGGUGUUUUCCAUGCAAACACACAUACAUACAUACAAUAUAUACUAUAUAUACUAUAUAUAAAUAUAUGUAUGUUAUAUUCGCUUUGUUGAUGCCACUAUUAUUGCAACAGUUUGAAAACAAGUCGGACGUGUUUAUUUGCUGAUACGAUUCUUUGUGUGCCAACAGCGGCCAUAUGUGCUAGCAAACAAAUUUAGAAGCACUUUCAUACAUAUAUAUGUUUGUAAAUUUAAACGCAAGUCAGCGUGAUUUCUGAAAUAGAGAGUUCAUUUAAAGCAACAACAUAUAUUAGCAAAAGAACAAUUUUGCGUUGCAUUGAAAUUUUUUUUUCUUAUUUACGUUUUUUAUGCAACACACAACGAACACGCAACACUUUUGGCGCUAACUCAAAUUCUCCGCAAUUUUUAAUUCUGCCAAAGCUGCAAUUCUGUGACUGUGAACGCAUAAAAUAAAUACAAACAAAUACAAUAAAAGUGUUGUUAUUGUGUCUUGCAAAGUGCCAAAUAGGAAGUGUGGCGUAAAAAUUGAAAGUUAACUGUUCGAAAUCCGACGCUGAAACCUUACCACAGCAUAUUCCCAUGAUCUUUGGUUAUUGACCUAUACAAUCAUAGCAAGACAAACAUUGCCAAGCAUCUAGUUAGAGCGUCUAUAAAGAUAGUAGCAAAACGCUAGAAGCGACAACAACAAAAAUAGCAGGCAACAGCCGGAGUUUGAAUAGAAUUCAGCUAAAAUUGAAUGAAUGAAUAGCCGAGAGGGGUGUAUGAAGGCGGCAAGUCAAGGCAAGCGGACAUACACAUAUGCGCAUAAAUAUAAAAUAAGUGCUGUUGCAUGAAGACAUUCAUAUAUGUAUAUUAUACAUAUAUACAUAUAUAUAGAUAUAGUACAUAUACAUAUAUAUAGCUGUUUAUAAAUGCAGCAUAUAAGCACAGUUAUAUAAAUCAGUAGCGACAAGAGUCUGUAGUCGUAAGCGCCCCAAGCGGCAAGCGAUAAAGCAACAAAAUAACGGUUCUCCCCACUUACUACAGUACAUUUUUACAGUUAUUGCUGCAAACUAUGUACUAACCCCGACCGCUACAACAACAAAACGCGCGACAACUAUCAGCAAGCGGCAACGUUGCGCUGAAUUGGUCUGCUUAACAUCAAUUGUAACACUCGAAGAGACAAUAGACGCACGGCGAGUGGUGCCGAACAACAAAAACAACAAAUUUUCUAAAGAAAAAAAUCCGAAAGAGUUGUAGAAAGCAGCAGAAACAUUACAAAGUGCUGUGGCAGCAAGAAGGCACUACAGCAACAGCAACGCUGCUGAAUGUGCAACAUUGUGUGGCAAGCAUACAACAACCACAACAACAAAGCAAGCAGCCAAGAAUUAUUGCGAUCUAUACUCGGUGGGCGCAUAGAGUCAAGCAAAAACCGAUAUUCACACACAUUGUUGUUGUAAGUGUGGCAUAAACAUUGGCGCAACACACUAAAAUAGCAACCGAGCACAGGCGACGACAAUAACGAAGCGGUAAAAGUGCGAUAACUACGAAGCGACCAGCACACGCCGAGACGCCGAAAAGUGGAGACAACUGAGUGCGACAGCAAGGAAGCGAGUAGUUGUAACAGGACAUGCAACGCAAGUGAAUUAAGCGCACACACGCGACAAACAUCUGUGGCAAAGUUGCAUAGACAGUGCUGUAAACUGAAAGAGCGUAGAAGAGAAGAGAAAACAGACAACAACAACAACAAAACAUUGCUACCAAUCCAGACGAUAGCGUGCGCCCAACGUGCAGCAACGUCCGAAGGUCGACUAGCAGCAGUUUUGGUCGAGCAUUGAACGCAGCGUCGGCUACUGGCUGCUACUGGCUGUUGACAGCAAUAAACAUAACAACCGUUAUACGCACACAGUAGUACGAAAAAGAACUAACAACUGUAUGCGAUACACACUGCAGUGAGCAAAUCAUACACAGUAACACAGUUAUACAAACAUUGAUGUGCAUAUAAAAGCUAGUGUUACGUAUACGACACGACGCACCGCACAGCAGCAACAAACAGCGCAGCACUUGAAGCGCCAAAGACAUUGUGACGAAGAGGAAAACGAGCACAACGAGCGUUAGCUAUAACAAAAACAUUAAAAAAAAUAAAAAUACAACAAUAACAAAAAACAACAACAACAAUCAUACUUACAACAACACCAGAAAAUAGUGUUUGUGGGAAAAAUCCGAAACACGAAUAAACAAACAACUACAAAAGUUCAUAUCACUACAACUACAACAACAACACACACUUAGUAACAAACAUGGAUGCUGAAUCGGAGGGUCUGCCACCCAAUAACACCAUUGUUGAGGUGACAAGCACCGAAACGGAUUUAGCUACACGACGUCGUCUCUUCAAGACACAACCAUCAACAUUGGCUGCGCGGCGACAGCAGGCCGUAUGUGUGCGGCGUGCGCAUAAAAUGUAUGGAAAUAGCAAAAAUCCGAAUGUCGUGUUGGAUGGCCUGAAUAUGACUGUUCCUAAGGGCUGCAUUUAUGGUCUCUUGGGCGCCUCAGGUUGCGGUAAGACAACUUUGCUAUCUUGCAUAGUGGGCAGGCGUCGCUUGAACUCUGGCGAAAUAUGGGUGCUUGGUGGCCGUCCCGGUUCUAGAGGCUCUGGCGUGCCCGGUCCACGUAUUGGCUACAUGCCUCAGGAAGUUGCACUCUAUGGCGAGUUCACGUUGCGCGAAACACUAAUCUACUUCGGUACGAUUGCGGCUAUGACCCGCAGCGAUAUCGAUGACCGCACGGAAUUUUUGCUGAAAUUUUUGAAUCUGCCAAAUGGUUCGCGGCAGGUGAAAAAUCUCAGCGGUGGCCAACAGCGACGCAUGAGUUUGGCCGUUGUGCUGUUGCACGAACCGGAAUUGCUGAUACUUGACGAGCCGACUGUGGGCGUCGAUCCAGUCUUGCGGCAAAGUAUCUGGGAUCAUCUGGUUGAUAUAACGAAAACUGGAAAUACAACUGUGAUAAUUACAACACAUUACAUUGACGAGUGCGCACAGGCACAUGUGAUCGGCCUCUUGCGUGGCGGUCGCAUGCUUGCCGAGGAGGCGCCCACCUUUUUGCGUCAACAAUACAAUGCCAGCUCGUUGGAGGAAGUCUUUCUGAAGUUGUCUGUACUGCAAAAUAUGGGACGCCGUCGCCGUUCGUCGAUUGCACAGGAAAUCGUCGAGCAAGUACAAGUGCCUGCGAUUACGAAUCCGGCCUUGGAUAUGUCCGACGAGCAUAAUACUGCCGAUAUUUCGGGUGAAUUCGGUGACAACAUCUCGAUGAAUUCGGCGAUACGUGAUCCGAUAACGGCGGCUGAGGUGCCGGCCUCACCGCUGCCAAGCGACAAGGAGCCGCCAACAACAUUAAUGCAACACUUGGAUGUAAUAAGUUCGCAUCAUAUGCGCGCCUUGGUAUGGAAGAACUAUCUGUGGAUGUUACGUAAUGUGGGCAUAAUGAUGUUCAUAGUCGCCUUGCCGGUUGUGCAAAUCAUACUCUUCUGUUAUGCUAUUGGCCACGAUCCCACCGGUCUCAAGUUGGCUGUGGCUAAUGGUGAGCUCUCCGAACAAAUGGUAAUUGAUCAAUUCUGUCCAGUUUUCCCGGGUUGUAAUCAGACGCAUUUGAGUUGCCGUUAUCUGGACAUGUUGAAGACAAAUAAGAGCAUGCAUGUGAAAUUCUUUCAAACCGAGGAAGCAGCCAAUGCAGAGGUACGACGCGGCAAUGCAUGGGGUUCACUGGUUUUCGAUAAGAACUAUACGAGCGCAUUGAAUGAACGCGUUGAAAGCGGACGUUAUGCCGAAAAUGCAACCAUAGAGGCUUCGGAUGUUAAUGUGCGCUUGGAUAUGUCAAAUCAACAAAUCUCCACACUACUUUAUCGUGAUCUACAGUAUACCUUCUUCGAUUUCGUCGAACACAUACUGCACGAUUGUGAACUUAAUCCGAAGAUUGGCCGCAUACCUGUCGACUGGCAGAAACCAAUCUAUGGCACGCGCAAUCCGAAUUUCACCGAUUUCGCUGCACCUGGCGUCAUCUUAACCAUCAUAUUCUUUCUCUCAGUGGCGAUCACAUCGGGUGCUAUGCUGAUCGAACGCAAUGAGGGCAUGUUGGAACGCUGCCUGGUGGCUGGUAUCACCGGACCCGAAAUACUCUUCUCACAAGUGCUCUCCCAAUUCACUGUCGUCGUAUUACAGAUGACCUUCGUGCUUAUCGUCGGCUUUGGGUUCUUCGAUCUCACCAACGAGGGCAGCAUGUGGCUGGUGAUUGCGCUCUGUUUGCUCAACGGCUUAUGUGGCAUGUGUUUCGGUUUCGUUAUCGCAUGUGCCGUGGACACAGAGCGCACGGCUACUUAUGUAGCGAUGGGUUCAUUCUUGCCAAUUGUCAUGCUGUGCGGCAUCAUUUGGCCCAUUGAAGGCAUGUAUCCAGCAUUGCAGUUCAUUACGUUCUUCUUGCCAUUGACCAAACCAACUGAGUGUAUGCGUUCGAUAUUGCAACGUGGUUGGGGUUUCUCGGAGCCAUCGGUACAUAACGGUUUCAUCUCGAUAUCCCUCUGGGUGUUGGUCUUUUUGGUGUUGAGCAUAUUAUUCCUCAAAUUCAAAAAGGGCUAAAAGAGAGCGGCCGCAUUUUUGUAUGUGUGUGUGUGAGACAGUGAGCGAGAGAGAGGGGUAGAAGGAAAGGGAGAAAAGGCGUAGUAUAUGUGUGUUUGAGAGCAUGUAUGUGGUUAGUAUGCGGUAGCAUAUUGCGUUAUUUUUCGGUUAUAGGGUGGUUAAAAGGCAAUAGAAUUAAUUAAGUUAAGUCAAGUCGUUUUUAAAGUGUUGUGUAUAAUUCUUUUUCGAUUUUCACCUUUACUUCAUUUAACAUAUUUUUUUAUUUUAUUUUUAAUAUGUUUUUAAAUGUUUUCUCUACAAUUUUAAUUUAAUUUCCUCUACCGAUAGUUCUUUUUGUAUGUAGUUGUAAGGCUAAAGGAUUUCAUUGUAUUAAACAUAUGUAAAAAAUAUAAAAAUUGUAUUUAAAUGGGUUAAGUAAGAUAAUAAAACAACAAAAAAUAGAGAAAAAAUUACAAAAAAUUAAAUAAUAAUAAUUAUUUGUAUGCCAAUUUACUUGUACAUCACUUGUAUACAUGCAACAAUUUUUAUAUUUGUUUAUGUAUAUCAAUGCCAACAUGUUACAUGUAUGUUUUAUAACGGUAAUUUAUGCAAAUAAAAUUUA